AUGCCAGGGCGACAACGACCACACGUCCGUUUCCGAGCCCGUCUCGCAGAUGCUGACCCCAGAGCCCGUCCCGCUGGACGUCCCGCACCCGUCCACUCCUCCGGCACAGGGCCCUGUGCUGUGCUCUGCCAGCUCAGGGGGCUCGUCCGAAAUCACGACGCUGUCGCUGUCGUCGCCGCCGCUGACGCCUCCGCCACGCGUGAUGCGGCGUCUGACGCCGCUGGACAGGUUCAGUCCGCGCAAGCGAGCGAACUCCAUAGACGACGACCUCGAAACCCACGCCAGCCGCAGGCUCCUGCUGCUGGACCAGCGCACCGCACGCAGCGCGGCGCACACCGACGCCGUGUGCAAGAAACUGAGCAGUCUGCAGCAGCAGAAGCUGAGAAAAAGAGAGCUACUGCUGGAAAAGCUGAGCAAGGCCGUCAAAAAUAG